GUGCCCAAACAGACCCCAACUGAGGUUCAUAUUCUCCACACUCCAUUCUCUUCCAUUCCAUUCCAUUCGGAGAAGAAAAAAGAAGAAGAAACCAAACCAGUUGAACCACCAAUCGAUGUCGUCUCAGGACAACACCGACCAACAACACCAAUCCACUGGUGUGGAACUACACAACGUUGUUGAUGGGAACUCUCAAUCCAGUAUUGAAGUAGGAUGGUAUAUUCUCGGUGAUAAUCAAGAGCAUGUUGGUCCCUAUGUUUCUUCUGAAUUGCUUGAGCAUUUCUUGAAUGGGUAUCUCACCCCGAGUACACUCGUGUGGUCUGAAGGAAGGACUGAAUGGCAGCCAUUAUCCUCAAUCCCCGAGUUGAUGAUAUACAUACCUCAACAAGGAGCCGAUGAUUCUAGUAAGGUGCCCUCCAAUGAUGAAGAGUUUUUGAAAUGGCAGAAGGAGAUUCAAGAGGCUGAGGCUGAGGCAGAAGCAGAGGCAAAAAAUGGCUCUACUGAUUUCGGCGGAGCCUCGAUGGAUAAUGAUGACAGACCUUCAACCCCACCAGAGGGUGAAGAAGAAUUCACAGACGAUGACGGGACUACCUAUAAAUGGGAUCGAGGUCUGAGGGUUUGGGUUCCUCAGGAGGACAUAGAUAGCAAAGGUCGAGAAUAUAAGUUAGAAGACAUGAUUUUCUUAAAAGAAGAAGAGGUCUUUUCGACUGCCAAUAUUUCUAAUGUUCCUGCAAGUGAAGAAGAUAAUACAUCUAAGCAACCUGAUUCCUCUACAAAACAAGUUGAUGAUAGCAAUGAGGCAGUGGAAGGAAAAAAUGCUAAGAGAAAAUUGCCUGAUGAGGAAGCUGCUAAGAAGGAACCCAAUAAGCCUCCUGAUAGCUGGUUUGAAUUAAAAGUAAAUACUCAUGUGUAUGUGACUGGGUUGCCCGAGGACGUGACAGUUGAUGAAGUGGUAGAAGUAUUCUCCAAGUGCGGGAUAAUAAAGGAGGAUACAGAAACCAAAAAGCCCCGUAUAAAGCUUUAUGUUGACAAAGAGACUGGAAGAAAGAAGGGAGAUGCACUUGUUACAUAUCUGAAGGAACCUUCAGUUGCUCUGGCUUUGCAAAUUCUGGAUGGAGCACCUUUUCGUCCUGGUGGGAUUCCAAUGACAGUCACCCCAGCCAAAUUUGAGCAGAAAGGGAAUACAUUUAUUUCCAAGAAAGUUGACAACAAGAAGAAAAAGAAACUUAAGAAGGUGGAAGAUAAGAUGCUAGGAUGGGGUGGUCGUGAUGAUGCGAAGUUGUGUAUUCCAGCUACUGUUGUUCUUCGUUAUAUGUUCAUGCCUGCUGAAAUGAGGGCCGAUGAAAACUUACGUUCUGAGCUAGAGGCUGACAUACAGGAGGAAUGUUCAAAGCUUGGUCCGCUGGACAAUGUUAAGGUGUGCGAGAAUCACCCUCAAGGUGUUGUUUUAGUAAGAUACAAGGACAGGAAGGAUGCUCAAAAGUGCAUAGAACUGAUGAAUGGAAGAUGGUUUGGCGGUAGACAGAUACAUGCAAGUGAGGAUGAUGGGUUAGUUAACCAUGCUAACGUCCGGGAUCUAGAUGCAGACGCUAAACGGCUGGAGCAAUUUGGUGCUGAACUUGAAGCUGAAUAAAUUGCAGUUUUAGCAAUUGUUUGACACUUACUGCCUACCCCAGUUUUUUCCUGUAAAAUUCCAGACUAAUAUUGUUAGAUGACCUAUUUCUUUUUAGAUCUGUAAAGAAAUUGUUGAGGGAAUCAUUUAUAUAUGAUUUUUUUCUUAACACAUGUGUGUUGUGUUGUGUCCUUUGACUACAAAAUUUGCUCAUUCUCAUUUCCAUCAAUUCAAUUUUUUAGUGUUGAACAAAUUAUUCAAGUUUAGUGUAGUUGAAAAUUAUUAUAACGAAUAUGAAACAAAGCUGAGUUGAUGGAAAUGAGAAUGAGCAAAUUUUAGUUUUUUUUUAACAAUGAGCAAAAAUUGGACCAAAAUUUUAUGAGUUGUUGGAUUCUAUUAAAAUCAAUAUGAAAACAAAAAUGAAGUAAAAGAAGAGUACACAAAUUGGACCAAAUUUAGUAAUAAUAUUAAGAUAGAUAUUUCAUAUCCCAAAAUAUACAAAAGCAAAAAUGACAUAAACAAAUGAAUAUAAUCAAAUUAAAGAACCAAAUACAAUAAAAGGCACAACAUCAUCCAUCAUCCAUGGUCAUUGCAUAUGGCCAUCUUAUAUUAUCAAACCGAAAGAGAAGAAAUAAAGAAAGUCUAGACUUGGAAUGGCCAUGGCCAAUCCUUCAAAUCAUCAUCUUGCUGAACCUUAGCAGUCCUCUUAAUUGGGUAAGCCCUAAGACCCUGUUGACCAGUUUGACCACCUUCAACAUAAGCAUAAUACUUCAAGAAAAAAGCCAAAGUCAACACAACCCAUUCCAAACAAAAUAUCAACACACUCAAUCCACCAGCCAAUUUCAAAAUCACAGCACCAUCUUCUUCUCUAACAUAAGACUUAAGAUUCCCAAGAAAAUUCCCAGUCCUACUAAAUAUAAGAACCGAAACAGAGCCUUGGAAGAUAGCAGUGAGCACAGUAGCCACCAUGUGAGCCCCAUACCACUUCCCCGAACCCCUCGAGGCCGCGGUACAGCCAGAAACAGCUCCGAUGAUGGUGAUGACGUGGAGGAGGAUGAGGAAGAUUCCACACACUGAAGGUACUAGGCGGAGAGAGAGAGUGAGGAAGAUGCAGCUUGAGGCUGCACCGAGGAGAAUGUAGUUGCAGAGCAAGAAGACCUUGUGGGUGUUGUAAUGGGAUUCAGUCACACAGCUUGGUGGAUCGGCGGUAAUCGAGAGACCCAUAAUGGGAAAUCGAUCGGAAUUGGGAAAAAUCUGAGACUUUAGGGGAAUUGGAUGGAUUUGAAGAAAUGGGUAUGUGAGAUGAGAGAGAUUUGAAUGGU